AUGAAUGGAUUUGAACAGCUUGUGGUGGAGCUUGAGGGACUCGGAAUGAUUUCUGCGUCCCCGCGUUCGCUAAAUUUAAAUCUGCGACAUGCACUAAGGGACUUCGCACAGUCAGAGGGUUUUGAAUUCCAGCACGAUAACGUGGGAAAUAUAUAUCUUACCCGGCCAGGUACCGAUCCCAACCUGCCAUCACUAGGCCUAGCCUUUGCUGUUGACAACCCAGACGGGUUUGUGGCACGACGCGGUGCAAUUAAAACAUUUUUAAGUCUCCAGAAACAAACGACAAUGCCAUGUGGUAUUUCUCUGUUCGGGUUCUCUUCCCUUGGUGGAGGGGACAUAGGAUAUCAAGUGUGGAGUGGAACGGCCACUGCUCAAGACGCGCUCAACCACUACCCGUUUUCUGCUGUUAUUAGCAUUGCCAAAGUUUCAAAUGUGCCCACAAGCUAUUGUGGAGAUCUUGCCGCGGAGCAUCAUAUGCGAGUCGUGCUGAGUUCAUUCGGUCUGGAAGCUGUGCCAAUCAAUUUGAAUAUGCAGAUUUCAACUCGUGCGCCUGGAUUGCUCGUUCAUGGUCCAGCUGCUGUGACGGUGGCUUCUGCAUUUGUGCUGUCAUACAGUGAAUAUGUUGCUGGCAUGUUCGAUAAUUUUGAUUGA